GAAACGCAGGAGGAUGCUUCUAGAGCCUUGGAUGCUACACACAUGAGUAAACUGAUGGAUCAAGUCAUUACAGUUGAAUAUGCAAAUAAAGAUGAUGAUGACAGGAGAACUGGGUUUAGUCCUGAUAGAAACCGUGAUAGGGGUGGUCUCAGGAGAGGUUAUGACCGAGAUCGAUCUCGGAGUCCUUAUGGAAGAGAGAGGGGAAGUCCUGAUUACGGUCGUGGUCGGGCCCGUAGCCCAAGUCCACUCCGUCAUGGUAGGUCAAGUCCUGAUUAUGGUCGCGGCGCUAGUCCAAAUCCCAAUCAUAGGGAAAGGAAUUCUGAGUAUGGCCGUGGCCAUAGUCCAAGCAUGAGAAAGGAGAGGAACCCUGAUCAAGGAAAUGGUCAUAGCCCAAACCCUAGAAGGCUGAGAGCUGGUUCUGAAAAUGGCCAUGUGAGCAGUCCACCGGAGGAAGGAAUGUUGGAUGAUCGUAGAGCCAGCCCUAGUCCUCCAAGGGGGAGGAGAGAGAAACAGAGCCCAGAUGGUUAUCGCGGCCGCAGCCCAAGGUCUAAACCUGAAGAAAUUGAUAGUCCUGGAUAUGCUGCAGCAGAAAGUCCUCUUCCAGAAAGACACAGGAGCGAUUCACCUCCAGCUAGAGAAAGAUCUCGCUCCUAGUUUGCUCGCUAUCUGCCUCUGACCUUGGAGUCAUAUUUGGAGGGACGGUCGCAUUGCAAGUGGUGCUAUAGAAGUAUGCUUUAAGUAGCUGGAACAUCAAAUUUUCUUGUCUUUGUUUGCAUUUCAUAUGUUGGUCUCGAACUAGACGCUAUCAACUAGCAUGGCUUUGACAAUUGGUCUCGAACUCGAAAUAGACUUGCUAGUAUUGCGUAUUCUGUUUUGAAGUUGAAAGUCCCAUGGUAAAGCUUGGAUCGCGUAUUUGAGUUAAGGUGACAAUGAAUUUGCUUAAUAUCAGGUUCUCUGAAAUAUCUAGUUUGGGUGAUUA